CUGCCAAUCGAUAACCGCCUUCUAUUCGUGUUUUCCCUUGCUCCAAUCGCAUUUGGGAACACUGUAGCAGUCGUUCUCCCCAAAAGAUGGAUGCAUUUCACUGAUCCCAUAGCCUGGAAUCCAGACAUCUCACCCCCACCCCCUUCUUUGGAAGACAGGGUGACUGAACAGCAAAGAAGUUCCCAAGGGUGACUGGUCCCAUCUGAUACAUCAUGCCGAGAUGGCCCCUGUUCGUAGUGGCUUGCCUUCCUGUUAUGUGGCUCCUCCCACCAAGAGGCUCCGCCCACUGCCAACGGUUCCCCAAGUCCACUUGUGAGCGGCACACUGCCUUUGUGCCUGGAUAUAACUUGCUUGGGGAAGGAAUUGACAUCACCACACUGCAAAGAAAAGGGGCCUAUUUGGUGGACACCAGCCGAUGGCUGGACCCAAACGAUACCUGCGUUCUGUGCCGGAACCCCCUGAUGGACGGCCAGCUACAGCGACUUCCUCUGGCCGGCGUGGACUGGCGCGUACACUCCUCGUGUCACCGUCAGGUGAGCAGUUCCGUAGAGCACUCUGACGUGGACGUGGCAAAAGCGAUGGCUGGGGAGGUGAAGAACAACUGGAAAGUGGAGCUGAAUUUGCCCAAGGAGCUGGAGUCUGUUGCCAAAGGCCAAUUGGUGCUGGUUGGGUCUCGGUCUCAAAUGGUCGUUUAUGCCCACGAGAAAGCCCAGGAGGACAGGUAUAACUUCGUGAGGCAUGAGGUCUCCUGUGAGUAUUACCGGCUGAGGCUCCUCCCGAGACCUUCCUUGCUGUCCCCUCACUUCUCCCACGAUGUACAGAACCUGCCAAGUAAACUUGACCCUGAUGAGUACCAGCAUUUCAUCGACACCUACGGCACACACUACAUCAGCCAGGCACAGCUGGGAGGCAGGGUACGGAAUCUGCUGGCCGUUCGGACUUGCAGAGCGGCUUUGGCAGGUAUAACGGCGUCUGACAUCAAGGACUGCCUCACCUUGGAAGCCUCUCUAGGCCCUGACUGGAUAUCCCAUUCGUUGAGCAUCAAAUGCCACGAGCUUCGGAGGAACCAAGCCAAAGGGGUGUUCAGGGAAGCCUACGGCCAGCGGCGCACGGAGGUCGUGGGAGGGAGCAGCCAAGUGGAGCUGCUGUUUGCAGAGCCUGGGGAAAUCCUGCUGUUUUCAGAGUGGAUGGACAACGUCAAAACGCAUCCUGGUGUCGUUUCAUAUUCCCUCCUCCCUGUCCAUACUUUGCUGGAUCGUGGAGACCCACGGAAGGAACUGCUGAAGGAAGCCGUGAGGGACUACAUAGCUCAGAGGGCCCUCUGGAGGAACUGCACGGAUCAGUGCCCCGACGGGAGCUACCCUAGUCCAAAAAACCCGUGCCAAUGCCUGUGCCAUCCUGAUACCAUCACGGACACCGCAUGCUGUGCCCGGGAGCGGGGCCUUGCCCGCCUACAUGUCCACAUCCAGAAUGGAUCAGGCCUGUGGGCCGACCACUUCUCUGCCACCGAUGCCUACGUCAAAGUCUUCUUCCAAGGGCUGGAAAUGCGGACGAGUUUCAUCAAGAACAAUAAUAGUCCCUCGUGGUCAGAAACCCUGGUCUUUGGGCCGGUUAAACUGACAGGGCUCAACUACAUCGAAGUGCAGGUCUGGGACAAGGACGUCUGGCACGAUGACCUCUUGGCUACUUGUUAUGAAGGUUUGGCGACCGGAGAUAAAAUCUGGAAGAGAUGUUAUCCAGCUCAUGGACGUAUAGAGUAUUACUAUGUGCUCAAGUGCGGUCCCGGUUUGGGAGGCCCCAGUUGCCAUGACUACGUUCCUCAGAAGCAACAUUAACUGUUCAGUGCUAUCCAGUAGCUCAGGCCCCCAAAAGCAAGACUAGAAAAGUUUCUUAUACAUAAUGAUGCUGCAUCAGGAGAAAGCUGCGUGAGAGUUAGAAUGCAGGAUUGGGAGUCCACGAAGGGAGUCCAGACUUGCUACGCGGAAACGGGCCACGGGAAACCACCUCUGUCAAUUGCUUGCCUCGAAAACUCUACAGGGUUGCCGUAAAUUAACUGUGACUAGACGACACUGUCCACCCCCGGAGCGCGCCCCCAGAUUUUCUCCAGCACAGAGACUCUGGACUCAGCUGUUGUCUGUUGCUAAAGUACAACCAAGUCCCCAACCCACUGGCUAGCGUUUCACUAGCCAAACCCGUAGCCACUCACCAACCAGCCGUCCCUCUGACAAAGCUUAAGCCACAAUAAAAGGUCUUUUCCGG